AUGGACUUCUUUUACGCUGCUAACGCGGCAGAUCUCACGCCGCUGAAGACGGAGCUGGUGGAUUUCGUCUCCUCCUGCUUGAUGAAGGAGCCGCCUUACGAGGCUAUCCGACCAGAUCAACUCUCGCGUCAUCACAACGCCAGUCGAAAACGCGAAACACCAGAGGCACCACAGCACCUCCCUCAAGAAGAGAAGCCGCCGGUGAGCGAUGGUGUCGCGACUGUGGCGCAUAUGCGAGAGCUGGUGCACCUCAUUUCUCGCCAGGACGGUGAAUUUGUGCUGAAAUUGGCUCUCUACACGCGACGCACGCUGCACCUACGUAGCUCCCCGAACUACCUCGUCGCCCUGUGCGCACGGGAGCCAAACUGCAUUCCCUUUCUGCAGCCGUACAUGGAGAAAAUCGUGAUGAUCCCGCCGGACUGGCUGGCGAUAGCGAACUUCGCCUACUUUUACGACUGCGACGCGGCGCACGACUUCUCUUGUUUCCGCGCGCCGUACACCGAAGACGAAGACGGCGAAGCAGAGGGUGACACGGUGAGUCAGGUGUCCGCCGGCCUUGUGCGCUCGCCCGCCACCGUCAUGCACAGAUCUGUCAGCUCGAAGGACUCUCCUGCAGGCCGAACUACUCCCUCGUGGACUAGCCGUGAAGCGCGCCCCCCGACGCGCGGUGAGAAGAGCGAAAGAAAGAGGCGGAAAUCGAAGAAAACCCCCACUAGCACAGCGGCGGACCCGACGCGAUCGUACCUGCCGACGGCACUGCGUACGAGCCUCGUGCACUGCUUCGCGACGUUCACGCCCUUCAGCAUGUCCAAGUACGACAACGAGGCGGCCGAGCACCGUGCGCACCGGAAGGCGCGGCAGCGUCUGCAGAAACAGCAAGCGCACGACGAGGAUGCCGAGCGAUCUGGCAGCGAGUCAGCGGAAGACAGCAGCAGCGAUAGCGACGAUGAAAACGUCAAAGCGGAGGGCAUGGGGGAUAUUGCGGCGUCCGCCCACGCUGCGCGCCGCCAGCGCAGGGCGACCUUCACCUACAAGCUGCUCAUUCGCGUGUUGCACAUCACUCAGCCAGCCUUUUUGGUGUGCUGCAUUCUCGGCAAACAGUACCCGUCGAGUGAAGAGGCCUUCAUGCAGAUGGGGUUACACCGCACCGAUCCAACGUGGAUGCCCGCUGCAGACUUAGCCCGCAAGGUCCUCCCAUCGAAGCCACAGAAUAGACCUAAGAAAGCUGCGACGCGAGAAGAGACGGCUGAAAGCGACGUAGCCGAAAACACCGAGGCGGCGAGGCAGCCUUACUGCAUCUUUCACCCGACGUUAAGUGGCACACGCAUGCGCCUGCCAGUCGUGCAGACCUGGGAAACGUUGCUGUCAAAGGAAGGCAAUAAAGGCAAAGUCUGGGACUUCCUCAUCGCCUCGCGCGCUGUCGGCUACAUGGCGCUGCUGCGCAACUUGCGGAACAUUCUGACCCGCACGUGCAGCGCGGCGACGCACAAGCUCGUGUUGGAGAAGUUAGUGGAUGAGCAGCAGGUCGCGAUGAGCCAGCAGCUGCCGUACCGGUUUUACAGCGCCUACGUGGCCGUAAAAGAGGUGCGCGAGAUGGCGGUGUUACUGGCAUAUCAGCGACCCGCUUCCAGACCAAAAGCGCAGCCCGGUGGCCGAGGUAGUCGCAGCGGCCGUGGAAAUCUUCGUGGAGGUCGUGGUAACAUGCGUGGAGGACGGCGCGGUCGUGGGGCCGCCGCCGGCACCGUUGUGGAGGGGAAUGAAUUCGACGAACGAGUCCGACGUGCACACGCCAGCUUUGAAGCCCCCGCGGCGUCGCUGAAGUUCCUGCACCGGUAUUUGGACCUGUACACGGCCGCCGUCGACUCCGCCGUGAACACCGCAGCGCGCCUCAACGUUAUUCCGAUGAAGGGCACGUCGGUUGUGAUUCUGUGUGUGACGCAGGCGCUGAUGGAGUGCAUGACGGCGACGGGUGCGGCUGUGGAGACCGCGUCCAUUCAGCGCAAAAUCGAUGUGGCCGCGUUGUUGAUUGCCAUGCUGAUGCGCAGCUGUGAGCAGUGCGUGGUGCUACUGUACUGCUAUGAUGAGUACGUGGUGUUUCGCGAAGAUGAUUACGCAAAUACGGCUACCGAGGCAGACCUCAGCGCCGCUGCGAACGCGAACGAGGAAGCACACAAAAACAGCGGAAGCAGCAGCAACAGCAACGGUGACUGGCGUGGCAGUGACAGCGCGCUGGACGACGGCAACACCAACUUCGAGUCACGAAGCAGUGACACCUCAGACACCGAUCCCCUCGAGAACACCUGCACGCUGCAGACGCCUCACAGGCUCAGCUUUAUGAAAUUGGUGGAUGCGCUCGUGUUGGCGAGUACGCAGCUGCUCACCCGUAAGACGGACAGCGAGGCGGCGGUGCAGAGGUGCACCUGCGUCGCCACGUCCUUCGACAUGUUUUCCGAGGGCUCCGGGGCACAGUUCCCCUACGCCUUUCUCGACGAAGUCAUCGAACGCAGCAUGCGCGUCGAGUCCCUCCUCGUCUUUGAUGAGGGUACGCACCGCACCUACGCACAGAUGAACCCCAACGCACCAGCCUUCGGUGACCUGCCCACCUAUCUCUCGCGCAUGCGCCGCACCGGCAGCCCGGAUCUUGUAUACGUCGGUGUGAACUUAAAAGCCGCCAGCCCACUCUCCUCGCAGCGCGCCCUCAGCGGUGGAGCUGCACAGGUGGCUCUGCAGCGCGCCGCCGUGAAGGACCGCUUCCGCCACCACAACGAUCUUCUUCUCACCGGGUUUAGCGACGCGAUUCUACGCCUUGUAGCAGAACGGGUCGGUGGCGGGGCCCUGGCGGUGAUCGAGCGGGCGGCGGAGACCUACGAGGUGGCUCGCUUUUCCGCUCGCGCAAAUCAUGAGGCGUUGGCGGAGCGGGCGAGGGCCCUGAAGCUCAUCAGCGCCCUCCGCGAAGGGAACUACGACGCCGCAGGAGCAGCUGCAGCCGGCCGUGGCUCGCCGCCCGUAACGCCGCCACCCAGUGCAGAGGCAAAUGCAGCGGUGGACGACAGCGUGAACAGGAAAGACACUCCGCCGUCUCAUCCUCCUCCUUCGGCUUUCGCAUUGCCUCACAAGGACCCUGCAAUGCUCUCCGCUGCAGCUGCAGCAGCGACGACGACGGUCACGUUGCCUUCCUUCGACGCUCUCGGCAAGGUCGUUACAUCUGCGGCGUGGGAGGUGGACUGGGGGCCCCGCUCGCGGAGCAGCGAGCGUCAGCUGCAACAACUCACCGGCAGCUCCGCCGGCCUCUCCUCCUGCAGUUCACCAACCUCCCUCGUCGCGCCGUCUGCGGCCGGUGCGGAAAGUCUGGCGACGAGCGGCCCUGCCGCCCUGCCCAGCAUACGACGUCUGCUCUCCAAGCGCUCCAUCGUGGAGGCCGAGGCGUCGGAAGUGUGGAGUCGCACCGGUGGCGUUUUCUCUUCCGCUGCAGAGGACGCCUCGCCGUCCGAAAACCACGUUACGGGGGGCGGCGUGGUUGCGGAUGUGGAGGAGGCGGCGUGGCUGGCCCCGCAAGGCAAGCAGGUCUCCUCCAUCUAUCACCCAAGGCCGUUUAUUUCGCUCGUGAAGCUGCUCUCCGCGUCGUCAGAGCGGUCUGCGUUUACGCCUGCCGACGGCGGCGUGGACGACAGGGUAAAGGGAGCCGCUGCGAGGACGACGGUGGGCCGAUGCCGUCGAACGGCACACGUGCCAUCGCGGUCUGCAACGCCAUCGCCCUCCACAACGGCCGCACAAACAACACCACAGAAAGCAGCACAGCGACGCGACAAACACGUACGCGGCUGUGCGUCCUCCGUCUCGCCCACACCGGCGUUCUCCACAGCAUCGAGUCGGCAUAGAAAGGGAACGAAGAUGCACGCGGUGUUCCCGUGCACGCAGCUCGGUGUUGUCCGUCGCCUCCUCACCUCCUACCGCAUCUGCCGCUUCUUCAUUUCGAGCACGUUUGUCGACAUGAACAACGAGCGCAACGCCAUCACGCUCGACGUCUUCCCCCGCCUGCGCCGCUGGGCCGCAGAGGUUGGGUUGAAGGUGACGCUGCUGGAGGUGGAUCUACGCUGGGGCAUCCCUGCGGUCGCGACAACACGCAAUUUGUCGACGUCUGUCUGCUUGAAUGAGGUCUCGCGGUGUAGUCCGUUCUUUAUUGGCAUGAUCGGCGCCCGCUACGGGUCGUGCCCACCUACGCCGCUGCAGCUUGUCGUCGACGAGGACGUCGAGGCGAGCGACUACGGUUGGAUGACCGAGCUGACGCACCCGCACGUGUCGGUGACGGAGCUAGAGAUGCGGCACGCGAUGUACAACACACGCCGCCGGCUCGGCUACGACGACACCGCCACGGCGCUCUUCUUUGCGCGCGACUUCGACCACCUGAUGUCCACCUUCAGCCCUGCGGACGUCGCUGCACGGCGCGUGUACGAGGCCGACUCACCGACCGCGACGCAGGCGAUCUCAGCGCUGAAGCAGCGCAUCGUAGGAACUGGGUGUGCUCUGACCAUCUACAGGGCAGCGUACAACCAAUCGAAUAAGAAGUCUCUCACCGUAGAGUCAGCGGCAGUGGUGACGAACAGCAUCCGCCCCGAUGGCGUGGGCGAUGUCUCGGAAGGUAAGUACAGCAGUAUCACCAGUGGCAGUGGCGGGGGUGGCGGUGAUCGUGUUCGCACGGCACAGCAAUCGAGCACGCGUGCCAUGCUGGAGGACGAUUUGGGUCGAUGGGCCGUUCGCGACGGCCGCGCGCUCGACGCGGUAGGACCGACAGCGCACACGACGGAGCGCAACGGCGAGAACGCCGACUCCCUCUGGUCGCUCGUGACCACCCGCAUCAGCGACACCGAAGAAUCGCGGCCGCUGACCUCGACCGACGUCCCGCUCGAUAUGAGCGACUUCUCUGCGAAGGUGUUUGUCGCGUUGCAGGACGUAAUUCGACGCAUCUGCGGUGUGCACACGGGCGACACCAACCGCGCAGAGGCGGACUCAGAAGCCGUGACGCAACGCGGGGAGGUGAAAACACGUAGAACGGAAGAGGCUGCGCCACGCCACACGAAUGGGACUCCGUCGGAGGAUAAGGCGAAUGUAGUUGAAGUUGCGUCCCCUACCUCGCCCACCGCCGUGAACGCGCCCGACCUCUACGGGACGCUCAUCGUGGCGCAAAGCGAGUACGCACGGAAGCUGUCCGCACUGUACGCCGCGCCGCGUGGGUUGCUGGAGCAGCUCUCGAGCUUCGCGGUGGCUGGCACACUGCACACUUCUGCCGUCUCUUCCUCACCCCUGCGACCUUCGCCAUUGUCGACAGAGGCCGCCACCGUGAGAGAUCGGGCAACGUCGCCGAGUACGCUGGCGGGUGAGAGAACCACGACGGAUUCCUCGCAGGACAACGGCGCUCUUACCACGGACGAACAACGCGGAAGCCUCACCACGCGCAACGGCAGUGUGAGCCAUCACGGUCGUGGAAGCAACGGCCUUCGCAAGGCAAGCGCGCAUUCGGUGGGUAGCGCGAGCUCCAUUUUACUUGUGGAAGGCGGCGACGGCGACGGCAAGUCGUCGGCUCUGGCCGCUCUUAUGGAGCGCAUGCUGCUCCCCAUGCACAAGGCGGCUCCCAUCGCGGAAGCGCGGCCUUUUCUCUUUUACUCCACUCAAGCCGGCGACGACUCCGUGCGUUCGCUGCUGCUCUUCCUCGCCACCACGUACAGGGCGCUCUUCCACCUCUACGCCGAGGUGUCCGUGCAGGAGUCCGACUCGAUAGAGCAGCUGCUGCUCAUGCUGGACCAGGCCUACGCCACAGUCCACCGCCGAUACGAGGCGUCUGCCACGGGCAGUGCGGGCGGUACCGCUGCGGCGGGGCCGGCGGCGCUGGUUGUCAUCUUGGAUGGCCUCGACAAGUCCUCCGAGUCGGUGGAGUUGGUCAGUCUGCUCGGUACGAUUUUGCACCCCCUUGCGGCACCGCACAUCCGAUUUAUCGUCUCUGCCUGUCCGCGAUCGCAGCUGGCGAGCGCGUUGCGUACCCGCACCCCCGCCGCGCGUGUGGUGCCGCUGCCGCUGCUGAGCGAGGGCGAGCGGGCGCAGCUGGUACGCCUGCACCUCGCCGCGUACGGGAAAUUGCUGGAGGAGUCGUUCUCUGCGGAUGAGUUGAAGACGCUGCUGCGCAAAGCUGGCGCCGGCCGCCCCAGUCGCCUCAUCUCCGCCAUCACCUACCUGCGGCUGUUCAGCACCUUCGACACCCUGCGCGAGGACAUCCGCGCCCUCCCGGCGACCUCGACGCAGCUCUACGUGAAGUUCUUCCACCAGCUGCAGACCCGCUUCGACGGGCCGACUACUCGUCUCGUGCUGACGCUUCUCCUUCUCCGUCAUCCCGUCGGGGGUGUGAUGGAGUACAACUUGUACCGCCUCGUCUCGAACGUUGCGGUGGCGUCGCGGCUGGUGGCGCUGCUGCGCGGCAUCUGCGUGGACUCGCACCACGGCCGGCUCUUCAUCACCUCGGCGGCCUUCGUCACGGCAGUCGCGCGCACGUACCUCCCCUAUGCGUCGGACUGGCAGAGCGCCCAGGAGCGAGUGCUCGUCGCGGAGCUGCGGUAUCAACCUGUGGACAUGACGAUGGAUGCACAGGAGGUGCGGCAGGCGCUGUGCCGUACGCGGGAGUCGAUCGAGCGCAAUGCGUCGACCCCGCUCGCAUCGUGCCUCUUCUACCCCGAGCGCUACAGCCCUCGCGAGUUGCUCGGUGUGCUGCAGGGAUCUGUGCAGGCAAGCCGACUAGACAUCACGGCGACACUCGUGUGCUACCUUCCUUUUCUCGAGUGCGUGAUGGUCAGCCGGCGAAUGCUGUCGCAGCUGAUCGGGCUGCUCUCCUCGACGAUGCACGCCACGAAGCGGCUGGACGACACGGUCACACCUGUCGUCGCCGUUGCUGGUGCUGUAGAUGGCGACGUCGACCUGAUCAACGGCGGGGAUGCGGUGGAAAGUGAGGGCAACGUCUUUUCUGGCGGAAGUGUACCACUGCAGUGGCAUCACUACCGCAACGAAGUGCGCCGCAUCGGCAACGCGUUGGAGUUUCUGCAGACGCAUUACCACAUUCUGCUGCGGCAGCCAUCGCUGCUGCGGCAGUGCGUGUGGAACGCCUUGUCUAGGGGCAGCUGCAUCAGCGUCUACGACACGGCGUCGACAGCGCUAAUGCGAAGCACUGCUCUGCAGAAAGCGCCGCUUUCCUCACGUGUAGCGGAGAAUGACGAAAUACCAAAGGAGCCACUUCACGACACCGGCCUUCACCCCUCAGCGGGGAGCACAGCAGUCUCAAAUACGAAGACAGAUGUAAAGGAUGCUGCGGCGCUGUGGGUACAUUGGCUCAACCUGCGCCAGCACGGCGGAGAGACGCGUGUUUUACUCACGACGGCGUCCCCGCUGGCCAUUCGGUGCAUGGCGUUGAGCCCCGACGAGGCGGAAGUCGCGCUCGGCGGUGACGACGGCUUUGUGCGUCGCGUCCGCACGAGCGACGAGGAGGACGCUCUGCUAACCUCUCAGCAGAGUGGGCUAGAGAAAGCGGGUGGUGGUGCCGGUGCCGGUGGUACAGGUGGGGAUCGCAGUCGUCUCGGCUCUAUGCUGCGGCACGAGUCGGCCGUGGCGGCGGUGCGGUACGUGCCACCGCAAACCCAUGGAGGGCCCGCGAGCGGCUUUACCGGACGCAGCGUUGGUAGUGGUGGAUUUGCUGCCUUUUCCGCCUCUUCCUCCUCUUCUCCCACGCCGCAGUUGUUGGUGUCCGGCUGUGUUCGUGGGAUUGUGUACGUCUGGAACCUCGAGGACAACUCCCUGCUGCAGCGUGGCACGGGGCACCUACGCAGCAUCAGUGGCCUCGUGUGUCACCCGCUGCAGCCCAUGCUGCUGUGCAGCGGCAGCCACGACUCGUACGUGAUGCUAUGGAAUUUAUGUGGCUCACCAUCGCAGCUGAGCGAGGAGGUCUCGACGGCCAUCGCGCGCCGCCUGCCCAAGUACCCGGCGAACUCGCCCGAACGGCGACGACAGCAGCAGCAGCAACGGCGGAUGAUGAGCAGCGACCAAAACGGGAGCGAAAGCGAAGGCCGCGGCGCCGCGGCGGUCUAUCAGAGCUCCCUCGCAGCUCGUGCCACCGCGGCACGGCCUGCGUACCUGACGCCGCUCAUCGCCUUUCACAAGGAGCGGCAGCACCGCGGCCCGGUCGCCUGCGUCGACUUCCACUGCACGGGCGACAUCAUGGCCAGCGGCAGCUGGGACGGGGCACUGUUGCUGUACAACACUCGUGCGCUCUGCACCCCGCCGCCGGUGCUGCCGUGCAUUCCGCCGCCGCCGCGUGGGUCUGCGAGUGGGCAGGCGGCCGCCGUGAAGAAGCCAAUGAAGUGGCGGGUGCGGCACGGUGCGGAGUAUCAGCGCGUCGCGUUUCGCACGAUGGAGUUUGACCUCAAAUCGCCGGUGCGGUCGCUGAGCUUUACGAACUCGCUCGCUGUGACCUGCAUCGUCGGCUGCCACAACGGUGCUAUUUUUAUUGUCGACUACGCCUCCGGCUCCGUCGUGGCGCGCUGGACCUCGCUGCACACGGCUCCGAUUACGCGUGUGCUCGCCUCACCGGACGGGCGCUGCGUAGCAUCUGCCGAUGAGCGCGGCGUGGUGCGACUGACCUACAUGGGCAUCUCUGGCACCGUCUUCGCUACCCUCAACGGCCACCAGGGCGCCGUGACCGGUCUGUGCUUCCGCGCUCCAUUCGAGUCUGCCGCGGAGGUGCUGGAGGCGCCGCAGCUGAUACUCUUGACCACUGGCGAGGACCGCACGCUGCAGGCCUGGCGGGUGAAUAGCAGCAGCGGGCCCGAUGUGAAGUCCUCGACACAGUGUCUGACAACGUCGCACAGCACGGCCGUGACAGCCGUGGCGACCUCCGCAGACGGGCUGAAGCUCGUGACCGGCUCCGCGGACGGCACGGCCAUUGUAUUUUGUCUCUCGGAGGAAGGUGGCGUGGGCGGGGGGUGGACGAGUGGUGGGCACAACGACGCGACCACCACCACCACUACGGGCACCAGCAGCGAUCACGCGGUCUUCACGAACAGUCUUCGCACGCUCGCAGCGUACAAGAACACCGCGGCGCUAUUGCAGUCGAGCGCGGCCCGGCCAAUGACGCCGUCGUUCGUGCUGCGCCACGAUGACUGCCGCAUCACUUGCAUUACAUUUGCGCUGCAAGACACCAAGAUUGUGGUGGGUGUCGUCUUUGGGCUGGUGUAUGUGUGGUCUGCCGCGCCGGGCCUGAAUCGAAUCGAGGGACGUCUGCUGCUGCGUGUGCAGGUGCCGGAGCACGGGCUCUACCCGGUUGUCUCCUUCAACGUGCAGGAAAGUGUUGCGGCGGCAGCUGCCUCACACUGGUCAUCGGAGCUGUCGCCGGAGGUCUUCACCUCGCUUAGUGUACGGCGCUGCACGGCAGAGAGCAGCAGCAGCAGCCUCGCAUUGCCCUUCUUCACCUCUGCCGCUACCUCUUCGCCCUACGACACGGCCGACGACAGCAGAACAGCCCACGUGACGGCCAUCUGCGCCAACGGUGAUGUGGCGGUGGUCAAGCUGCUCAGCGAGGCCGCCUCGCGGGUGAUGGUGGCCGAUCAAGACCGACGUCGGCAUCAGCGACGACUUCGCCACCGCAGCAGCAACAGCUUCAGUCUGCGCGCCGGCAGCCUUAGCAACAGCGGCGGUGGCCUUGCGCUGUUCGAGGGGGACCGGCUCUACUCCUCUGACGUUGACAUGCUCAGUCAGACCGUGCCCUACCCGACCACCAACCAACCCGCACCCGCCGCGCCCCUCCCGCAGCCAUGGAGAACGUUGAAGUCGCAGACGAGGGAAGGACCGAUGGCACAGCCUUCUGUGAUACUGGAAGUCGCCACCACCCUCGCCCCGCACCCAGACCCGAGCAUUUUCGCAAAGAGGCAACGGGCGGCCCACCGUGAACUUCUAGAUCGGCGGGCCAUGAAGCUGCAGCAUCUUCUCGCACGGUGUCAUGUGAAUGAGAUGGAGCUGCGCGAGAGCUUUCAGCUGGAUCUCCAUCGUCACCGGCUACAAUGGGCUGACGUGGAGGCUGCAGAGGAAAUCACCGCCGUGGUAUGGCUGACUGAGGGGGUCGGCGGAACAGCUGCGCAACACCCACCGCAACAGCAACCAUUAGAAGGAAUGAAGGCAAGUUCAGGCGAGGGAAGAGGGGGCGAUGGCGAGAGCCGGCACCGCAAGCUAGCGUUGGUCGUGACGCAGCGCAAGCUGUUCUUGAUGCUCAGCAGCGGGUCCGAGAGUGCGGUGAGCGGCGGGCUGAACAUCCGUAUCUCUCGGCAAACACCAGACGCGGCUCUCGUAUUGAAAAACGCGGAGCAAAUGCCGGAGGAAGGCGUCAUCGUCGCGCGUGCGUCUGACUCUGACAAGGAGGAAGAGAAUGCGACAUGGAGUGUCGGUGCGCCGUGUCUGCAGACGGAUCUCGCACAAGGUGCAGCGGUCAUCACUCACGACCAUCUACGCGAGGCGGAGGUGGACGUGGAUUACUUACUGAGCGAGGAGGAGUACUUCACCGCGGCCAGCACCGCCAUGCUGGUGGCAACCAUCACCUCCACCUCCACGACAGCAACAUCAGCAGAACGCAACGUGUCGUGCGGCGUCGCCUCCACCGCACACAUCAGCAGCGGCGCAGCGGCACAAAACGCGGAGGCGGCAGCAACGAACACGGACAGAAAGCGUGAUGCCACUGCACAGUUGUCGCCGCUGACGAGCGCGUUCGUUGUUGCGCUGACGACUAGCCGUGGCGAGGUGUUGCUGCUGCGCAUUCACGUACCACACCUGCACCGGCGAGAUGCACCUCGUCGCUCCUCGCCACCGCGUACAUCGUCUUCAAAGUACAGAGAAGAGAGUGGUCUGAGAGGAAGUACAGCCGCGACGGCACUUGAGCUGCGUACGCACGUCCUGCCGCUUGUGCAGGUGCAUCUGUGUCAGCGUCUGAGCUUCACAAAGGUGUCCGCGGCCGACGCGAUGGGCGAAAGCGGUACGGCGGCAAGCGGAUCUGCCGCACCACAACGAAUGUCUGUUACCCCUCUUGUCACCACCGUGCAGCUCAGCGUGCUACCGAACGAAUUGGCGGCGGCGCUACCACCCUGCCCACCCUCACCUGCGCUCGAGAGCGGGAAGGCCACGGCUGCUGCCGCUUCUUUGCAAAUGGUCAAUGCAAACACAGUGGAUAAAGUUGUGUUGGCGGCAGGCUGCAGCGAUGGAUCGGCGCGUGUGUGGAUGGUCCCGACGUCACCGCUCGCCGUGCGUGGUGGCCGCGGCAGCCGCACGCCAAUUCUCACCUCUUCCGGUGACUUCACUGAUGGACCGUCAGCGGCCUCGUCGUCCCUGUCAGACGUCCCUGUCGGAUGCUUCUUUUGCUCGAGCGCGGUCAACGUAACCUCGCCGCUCCUGCAGGUGGUGUCCACAGCGCAGGAAAGGCACAAAGGCUGGAUGCGACGGUCUGCCACGUCUGCCCCGCUGCCGCUGCCGCCGCUUCAGCAGCCGCGGUGGGUCGUUGGCGAUGCCCUCGGCAACGUCUAUCAGCUGCAGCUGGAGCGCGACGCACCGGGCGGGGCGGCGACAGCGCUAUUGCGGUGCUCCGCCGCACCGGAAAGAUCAUCGACCGCGGCACUGUAUGGCAAGACACAGGUAAUCGAUGACGAUGACGACAGCAAGCGUCGUGCACUGUUGAGCAGGAUCAUGACCGCAGGCGGUGCUGAGCUGCGGCCGUGGGUUUCUUCCUUGCAGAAGCUGGUCGGUAUGAUGGAGCAUCUGCCCCCAACGGCAGUGCUGCAGGCCCUGACAACGAGCAGCUCAUCUACAAAUGAAAUGGACGCUGGCGUGGCAGGCAACGGCGGCAGCCGCGAUGAUUACGAUGGUGGUGGUGGUGGUGGUGGUGGUGGUGGUGUUGGGGCUUCGUGGUCAAUGGGGGCGUCGCAGACGCCUGCAGACUGGCUGACUUCUGUUGACUUUUCUGCCCCGGUGAGCGCAACGCUGCUGAAGCGCAGCCGCGUCACGCCUUCUUCUACGUUUACCUCCUCCAACGGCACUUCAGCUGCUCACGCCGCACACGAACGCACAGGCGCCCUUCCCUCUGUCAGCUCCUCUGCAGAUCAAAUCCCGCACUGCCUCCCAGCGCAAGAGUGGCUCAUCUUGCCACGCCUACCAACGGCGCUGCAUACGACCCCUUUCACUUCUCCUGAUUCUUUCGCUGCGCUGACUUCCGGACCGCAGCAGUCGCUGCUGCGCACCGCCGACGAAGCACAAGAUUCCUUCAAUGUACAUGGCCUUGCGUUGAAUGUGCUGCCCGCACCUUCCGCUGCUCUUCCCUCCUUUGGAUCGUCGCCGCCGCGGCAGCAGCCACCGCAGCGUUCUUCAUCAGCGCGUCGCACCAGCAACGACGACGGCGACGCGGCUCUCCACGCAGACUUUGUAACGCCCCUGUCCGAUCUGCUCACGGCCUAUCGCCGGAACGGGCAAGAGGGCGAGGAGGGCAAGACCGUGGAGGGUGAGAUGACGCGACUCUCAACGAUGCUUCGCGGGUCUUCCACUUCGAAUUCCUCACACAGCAAGAGCUGCACGACGUCGCCCUUCCUCGCCGCUCGGUUGGUGCCACACACGGCAGGUGGGAAGGCAGCGCAAACAUCGCAUGUGCGUACUCCAGAGGAUACCGUGCCGUCUGCGGCAAAGAAGAAGCUAAGCGAGUUGGACAUUUCUCGCUCUGCGGCGACAAGUGUAAAGCCAUUUGUGCGAUUUGAAUUGACACCCCCGCCUCCGCUCGUGUCUUUAUCAUCGGGUGCUACACGGAGCGAGGCCGCGGCUGCACUUCACAGGGAUGCUGCUGUGCCACCGUUCACAAGCGUUCCGAUUGAGAAGGGGAGCAACGGUGUACAUGCGGAGGGAAGGGACGGGGAAGGGGAAGACGAGGAGGAAGAAGAAUACUUCCACAUUCUCUACAAGUCGGGACCGCCACCGCCAGUUUCGCCUGGCGUGGUGAACAGCGCCGAGAUGAAGCGGAAGUGGCUUCUGCGGCAGCAGGCGGUGUUGAAGGAGGCGACGCGUGUGCAGCAGUACAACAAACAGGCGAGAGCGGCGCUGCAGGCCUAUCAGCAGCGCGUGGCAUCCGCCGUAGGAAUGUAA